UCCUGGGAUCCUUUCGUCUGCAUGUUCUCCUUGUGUCCAACAGGUUCUCCUAAAUUCCAACAGGUCCUCAGGUUUACCGCAGUUACACAAAUUGAUGUAUGUGUAAAGAUAGUCAGAUCUAUUUAUGAUCCCAGACCCCGAGAACUGCCAUGCAACAAAACAAUAAACCUUCUAAACUGAGGAGGGGAUCUCUUUGAUCUGAGGAGAGAAAGUCACCUGUUCAGCUGCCCAGUCACCCAUCCUGGAGCCCCCUCUUUCCCUUCUGGGGAGAUGUAAGUGGACUGCUGACUUGUUUGUGAUCAUGUCUUUAUGAGUACAGCAGCAGUGUUUGGGUGCAAAUCUGCUUUGUCUUCAGUAUCAGCUGCAUUUUCUUGACAUGAUCAAGUGUUUGUUUAUUUUUUAGGGGGGAAAAGCAAAUCUUUUGGGUAUAAUUAUGGGACCAAUCAGGGCAGUACCAGUAUAGCGUAGAACCAUCAUGUAGAACAAUUCUGGACCACUGAGAUGAAGGUUUGAUGCAAAAUAUAUUUUUUGUGAAAAAAAAGGGAAUGUCAGAAGAAUGAGAGGUUUGGAACAGCAUGCAUCCAGUGGCUCUUAAGAGGUAAUACUGUAUGUUAAAGAAGGACCGCCUUCACGCGUCGCCUUGGCAACGGGUGAGAAAAAAAAAACGUAUUGCACAGGAAUCAUCGGGGCGCAGUUCAGUCACCUUGAGCAGGUAACUAUGCAUUCACGAGAAUAUAGUGUGUAGAUCCGACAUAGCGAUGCACGGCAUGAGCAGAGCUCGGUAGACGAUGCAGGAUAGUCGCGCGCGCCUGAGGACCGCGGACAGCUCGGCGCGCGCCUCGCAGGAGAGGAAUAUGCGCCGUGGUUUCUGCUUUCCUGCUCUCGGAUGAGAGAUCUUUGCGCCUUUUUUUUCGCCCCCCCAGGAGGAGCUCGACUCGUCGUGUUCUCUCGCCCGAGGAGCGUUGAGGUUGGAAGUGGAGGAAAAGUUGAUUUUGAUGGUCAUAUAUGAAGAUCUGGACUCCGGCGCGCAGACAUGCCCAUGCACCCCGUCACCUCCACGUUGAUGUACCGAGGGAUCUGCACCAUCCCAGACAUCCUCUCGUACGGGACACCGGUCAACCUACCUGAAGAUGAGGUUGAGGAGAUUCGGGAAGCAUUUAAGGUGUUUGAUCGCGAUGGGAACGGCUUCAUUUCUAAGCAGGAGCUGGGCAUGGCCAUGCGCUCUCUGGGCUACAUGCCCAAUGAGGUGGAGCUGGAGGUCAUCAUCCAGAGACUGGACAUGGAUGGAGAUGGGCAAGUGGACUUUGAGGAGUUUGUGACACUCCUGGGGCCAAAGAUCUCCGCAGCCGGAAUGCCUGACAAGUUCAACGGCACCGAUUUCGACUCUGUGUUCUGGAAGUGCGACAUGCAGAAGCUCACUGUAGACGAGCUGAAGCGUCUGCUUUACGAGACCUUCUGCGAUCACCUGACCAUGAAAGACAUCGAAACCAUCAUCAUGACAGAGGAGAACCACAUUGAGAAUCCUGAGGACUGCCAAGUGGACAUCGACUCGGAGAGUCCGACACAACAGGUGAAACAGACGUGUGUAAGGAAGAGUCUGAUCUGCGCCUUCGCCAUCGCUUUCAUCAUCAGCGUCAUGCUUAUCGCAGCCAAUCAGGUGCUCCGAAGCGGCAUGAAAUAACGUCGGCAUCCAAUCACAAACCUGCGAACAUUCGACAUUGACUGGAAUCAGCACUGUAAAAAAAAAAAUAUUGCAUUACAUGAACCAUAAGAUUCAAUUUGUAAUUCAUUUAAUUGCAAAUUUGUAAUAAGUACUGAAUCUGUUUUACACAGACCUUCAGCUGAAUACAGUAAAUGAGGGAAAAAAAAAUACAAAGGAUUAAAAAAGAAAAAGACUGUUUGAUUGGAUCCACAUCCUGAUCAGGUCAUGCGACUUAAGAAACUUUCAUUUCUCAAUGGCCUGGAUGUACCAGAUGCAUGGAAACCUCCAAUCCAGGACCUUCCUCCUCCUUGUUCUCGUCCUCAUCUUCGUCCUCCUCCUUCAGUGCAUGAAGUGAUGAAGUGAUGCAUGGACUUCUAGUAGUCUUAUAGCAUCUGUCGUUCUAUCUUUAUGCCAGUGAAGGAGUCAAGGAGGUCUGAUUUUUAAAGACUUGAAAUAUACCCUCUAUAAAGCGUGCUGGUCCAUGUGCAUGACUACAAGGGCUGUUCAGGAUAUGCUCAUGUUGUAAAAUGUGUGUGUGGGUGUGUUAUGUGUUGUUUAUCAGUUUCUGUGCUUUCUUUCAUGUUGCACUGAGCACAUUGUAAUAAUAUUUCACACUGCCAAAGGGGGCGCAGCAGCCCUGAAGUCUUCUUAUGGUGAUGUAGGUUCUGUAUUUCUUCUGGAACUGGGAACCAGACGUUGACAACCCUUAAGAUUUGACUUAAUUUGACUUAGUAAUGACAAUUUGAUCUCCUGUGCUUUAUUUUCUCCUGACUGCAAAAGUAUGUCUUCAUUGGACUUCACAUUUAAGUCUGUCUUUAAAUAUUUAGCAAUAACCUUACAACAGAUUCUCUAGUUUAAGGUUUUGGAACUUUUUAGACUACCAUUACAUAGCCAUUAGAAAACAAACAACCCGAAUUGGUAAUUGGCCCAGUGAUUUUGAUUAGUUAUUCCAUCUUUAGUAGAAAGUUUUUUUCCCACCAGGCUUUCAAAAAAACGUCACCUUUUUAUUUUCAUUUUUAAUAACAGUAGAAAUAAAUCUUAACCAAAUUUGAGAAAGAUUCAUUUUAAUAAAAUCAUUUUGAUGUGGAAGCAAUAAUCAUGUUUACUCUUAAAACUGAAGGUUUUUCAAUAGUUCUUUGUCAAGGUGUAUGGUCCUGUGAAGAACCUUUUACAUCCAUAGAACCAAAAAAAGGUCAUUUAUACCCAAUAAUCUUAAUUGUCAACCAUAUACAGUACAGCACAUUUUCCUCCAGGGCCAAGGUGCUACAAAAAAACCACAAGAAUUAACACAGGAUAAGACAAAAAAUAGAACAAACAGAUCUUUAUACAGGACAUUACAUAGAUUGCAUGUAUGCAACUUUGUGCAAACAACAUUCAGUGCAACAACACAACACAACACAACAAUGAUGCAGCACCAACCAGUAUACAGAGUAUGUAUACAACUGUGAGAUGUGCAAAUAAAUUGUCAAUAUAAAUAAUAACAAUAAUAAUAAUGAUAAUAAAUACUGCACAUGGAAACGUCUUAUUAUGAUUUAGCAACAGGGAUUUGUAUUAUAAUAUUAAUAGCCCCGCCCCCACCCAAAUCAAUUUACUAAAUUGGACUAAAAAGUUAGAAGUUGGAAAAUUUUAAACAAUGUGCAUAUUUGUUAGUUUUAAUCAUUUACUGAAAGAUUCUUUGAGCAACCAAAAAUGGCUCUUCUAUGGCAUUGCUGUGAAAAUUUCUUACUGACUUUUCCCCCUUUAUUCUUACUACAGAGUAGUCAAUUUUUUUUAACUGGGAUUGGAAUCAGUAAAGCAGCAUUGACAAAACUGUGUCUUUACAGCUUCAGCAUGCCUACCAGCUUUUUCUAGGUUGGCCACUUUGGUUUUAGAUUGCAAACUUUCCCAAAAAAUAGCACAAAGAAACUGUAAGGUGAAAUGGGAAGACGAAAGAUUGGGUCACACUCAGGAUUUCAAGGUGUACAGCAAUAUGUUUGACUUGAUCAAGACACGAAAGCAGCAGGAUAUAGAUUGCUUUGAAAAGUUUGUACAUCUCUCCUUGCACUCCAAGAUAUACAUUAUAGAUGCGCAAAAGAGGUCACAAUCUCAAGAGAUGUUAACUGCAGGUUCUCCGUUUCUAGAAAAACGCAAAGCAGGUCUGGUUCAAGACAUAAAUCUUUAUGUUUGGCCAGAAAUUUAAAUUUUUAAAUGCGUUUUGAAGAUGACAAAACCUAUAACCUAUCUAUUAUUGCUUACAAAUAAUGGGGACUUAUAGCAUGCCAGUUUAGUCUUUGCACAGCCUGUUUCUACAUCACACACUUGCUUUAAAAAACAGCUAUGAACUAUGUCUCAAACUUGCUUGUCUGCGACAUAACCAAAAGCUUCUUGAUCCUUCAAUAAAUUUGUGUUGUGAAAUUUUCCAGAACCAAACUAAACUAAAAAGUCUUCAUUUGAAAAACAUACCAGUAGCAUUGAUUUUCUUGUGUAUAGUAUUCCUUUGUAAGUAUUGAUUAAGUAAAUUACUAAGCAUACCCAUGACAAAUGCCUUUCAGUUAGUGACACAAAACUUAAUGAAAUCUCAGACACCGCAUGACAGCAUGGUUAAUUAGUAAAAGAGCAUUGUAGCGAGAGCUAAAUCUUCCAGUAAUACAGCUCAGCCACCGCAGCUCAUCAGCUCUAAUUCUCCUUCCGUUCCUUUUGUCCUAAUCAAAUAGAUAAUCUUAUAGGUCUUUUAUGAUUUUUUUGCUUCAAUGACAAAGAAAUUUGUGUGUGUGUUAUCGGAAAAAUAAAAUUUGACAGUAUAUAUGACUCCAGAAACUCACAUUAUUAAUAUGAGACGAAGCUGAUCAAUUAGGAUUCACAUUAGCGAACCGUUUAUGUGCAAAUUUCCACAAAUAAGAGUGAAAUUUUGUAAAAAAACUAAAAUAAAAUUACGAAUAGCAAAUGUCUAUAUGUGUAAAUGCUCCAAAUGACUUAAAAAUAAGUUUGUUAUAUACUGUAGCUUAGUGAAGGAUGUCUUGUGUCUUUUUAGGCAAGUGUGUGAUUAUUUUACUAUUCUGUUCAGCCACCAGUUGCUGGUUGGUUUUCUUUAUGUUAGCAACAGUAGGCUCAAACUGUCAACAUUACAUGAGUGAGCAAGCAUCAAACACCAAAAAAAAUAAAUAAAAAAUUCAACAUUUUAUUUUUCUGCAAAUCACUAUGCAUAACCCAAGCGGUCAACCCUAUGUACAGUAAUAGUUUCCUCUCAUUAAUCACAACAACCUUUGCACUGCUGAUGCAUGAUCAUGUGUCAGAGAUGACACAAUACUAGAUGGGUGCACUGAGUGCAUCUUACCAACGAUUUACUGUGAUUUCAGGAAAUGACUUUGAUAAGUUGCGACUGUCCAGACACAAUGUAUUAUAGAAAAAAAAAAGAUGCUAUAGAUAUAUAAAAUAGAUUCGAUACAUAUUUUGAAAUGUUAUGUACUGAAAACCUAUUGCAGUUUAUUCACAUCCUAUUCGGAAAUGUAUUCCUGUAUAUUUAAUCUCACGAGUGGGUUUAAUCACCACCUGAAAAAUCCACCCUGUUAUUCAUGAUGUAGUAAGCUGUAUGUCUGGGUUUGUUCAUGACGCAUUUCCUAGGCUUUUUAAAUAUUGCCUUGGGUAAGAGUGUGUGUGUGUGUGUGUGUGUGUG